GCAAGGUCCCACAUCCUGGUAUUUUUCACCGUUGUCAAGGCAGCGAUAGAGAGAAAGGCUGGCUCGCGGAAAGUAUCUGCAGUGUCCUGACAGUAUAUCUGUCCAAACGUUAACAAACUGUCCCGGAAAGUUAGGUGUAACUACCAGGACUUUACCAUCUGGCAUCUGUUAAUGUCAAGAUGUGGCGGGUGAACACCAGAGAUGGGAGACGGACAUAAUAAGACCUAAAGGAUGCUACUCAAUAUCUAAAGGCUGACGAUAUCCAUAUCUGGAGGACAUUGGAAGAAAAAUAGUAGGAUGAGUGAGGAUUCCGCAGCCAGCACAAUUUGGUGAAGAUUAGGAACGGUGACCAAGCAGCAAUACGACCAUCAUGCCAACCACCCAGGGAACUGGAGGGGCUGGCAGCCCACGGGUUCAGCGCUACCGUCCGGCCUCGGAGUUUGACAACGCCACCCUCGCCCAGAAGAGAGAGUACUGGAGGACCAAGAAACGAGAGCAGAGGGCUAAGCUUUCAGAGGUCAAGAGGGAGAGGUCAAAAGCAACAAACAGAGGAAGUAAAUCCUUGGACAGUAAUGCAGUCCAUAAAACCAUAACCUCAAUGGGGUUGAAUUCCGGUGCCUCUUGUUCAAUAGUAGGGUCUGCCCCCCCUUUGUUGAAUAGUGAUGGUUCCUACCAAACUUAUGUCGGCGGUGCACCUGUAGUCUUAUUGAAGGGAAAGGGUUCUGCUGUCUCCCAUAAUCAGAACCAUAGUGUUGGGGAAGGGGGCCAAAACUAUUCCUCAGCAAACCAAAAGGAGAGUUGGUUCCAGAGGAUAAAACUCAACAAAGUAUUGCCUCAGUUCCCAACAACCAGUGCAGACCCAGGAAAAGGUGCAAUGGUCUGCAAGAUGGCAGUGAAAAGUUAUCCAACAGGGGGUGCUGUGAUUGGAACAGUUACCUCAGCCAAACCCAAUGGAGUGCUUCUCAACAGUGGCUCCUUUGUGCCUCCGGUAAGAGUGGCGGUGAGAGCCUCAGGCUCUGCCCCUCGCCAACCACAGAGCGGAAUGACUAUUCUCAAUGGCAGCUCUCCUGUAGUGUCAUCUGAGCAGCAUCUGACCACCCAGAGUGUAUCAAGGCCUGAUGCAAAGACAAAGACGCAAGUUACAGUGUCUGUUCAGCCUAGAUCGCUAACCACUAACAUUACCACAGGGAUGACCAUCGUGACCACUCAGUCUGCCCCUAUGCUAGUUCACAAACCAGGGGUUAGGCCUAGAGGGAUGAAAGUAACACCGCUAGGUGGGAAAAAGAGUGCAGUGGUCGCGGCCCAAGGAGUUCGAAGCAUCAACGACACAUCAGCUACACUGGAGACUGAGGAGGAGCGAGCCGCCAAGCGCAGAGAGAAUUGGCGCAUCAAGAAAAGAGAACAGCGAGCGAAGCAAGCGGCUAGGUUAAGCAAGGCCAGCAAAAGAAUCACGAACAUGGAGGUAUCGUUGCAGAAAGUAGAACUGUUACCAAACGUGGACGUUGAACGUCCCCAGUCCGCUUUGAGUGGACAGGGCCAGAGGCAGUGUGCUAGUCGGGUCAGUGCCCCGUUCAUCUCAGCCGGACGGCUGCUGAAGAACGCCAGAGCGGUGGCUAGCAUUGCUGUCAAAAGGGAGUCUGACGAUUCAAUCCUGGCUAAGCUAACCACAGUCAACGCUAAUGAACACACCGUUCAGCUAAGAGCAGAGAAUCUGCAGGAGGCUAAAGCAACAAUGCAGACUGGUAUCACAUCUAAUAUCAUUGGUUAUAAACCAGCAGGGGAACCAAGCAGAAGGCUCCCUGGUCCAGUGCAGUUUGCCAACGUUAACCGAGGUAUGGUCCGUUGUAGGACUCCGAGACAGAGGUUCAUUGAAACCCAAAGGAAUUUCCUGGGUCAGAGAAAGAUGAGGAAGUCCCCCUGUCAUGCCAAAGCCAUAACAACCCACAACGCACCACGAGAUGACCCAAAGGAGACCCCCGAGCAGAGGGCGGCCCAGAUGCGGGAAUACUGGCGUGUCAAGAAGCGGGAGCAGCGAGCCAAGCUGUCUGGCGAAGUCCGAGCUAAGAUGAAGGAGAGGGAUGCUCUGAUGCAAAGAGUCAAGCGUUACCAGAGCAUCCUGGAGGAUAUGAGGAAGGCCAGAGCAGCAGGCUGCAACAUGCUGCCACAACGAACAGAAAAUAGGCCUACUCACACCAGCGCCUCAGAGAUCAUUGGAGGUUUCAUCAUGGAGGAUGGUACAGUGACCAAUAACAUUCCUCAAAUUGAUCUCACUACAGAAGCAAAAGAGACUGGGGGUGAAAUUGGUAGCAGUAGUGGGAUGCCUGUUAAUAAUGUAUUUACCAACACACACCGCCAACACCAACUGCUUCCCAAACCUACUGGUGAUACCUUUAGUAAUGUGGUGUUAAGUCAUCAAACACAGGACAACCCACCACCUCCUCUAAUCCGUUCUGCUCAGUUUAAAGUCUCUUGUCCUCCCGUCGGCCUGUCAAUCAUGAAGCCUCCCAGGUUGGUUUCAAUCAGACCGAGGACUGAAUUUCAAAGCACACCGAAAAACCAGAAUUUACACACAGUCUUCCAGCCCCAGAGUCAUAUCACCCUCACACACCCUCAAAACAUCCAAAACACCUUUCCUGGUGUGCCUACAGCGAUGCCAAAGCCGGCUAGCUGUGUCAUGCAGAUGGCUGUCAAAGCUUCUACAGAGUCAGCAGUGCUUAACUUGGACCCAAAGCUAACAGAGGAGGAAAGUAUGGCUAAGAAGAGGGAGUACUGGAGGGUAAAGAAACGAGAGCAGAGGGCUGCCCGCGCCAUCCGCCUAAGGCAAGGAGUUCAAGCUAGGGGAAAUGCUGCCUCACAGAAGAGGCGAAACCAAAGGUUAGCACGAUUAGCCACAGCCAAUCCCAAUGUCAACACCUCUGUCAACCACACACUCGCUAUCAAGCCUCUCUCAAACACCAGUCUGUCCAUGCCUCCACAGGGAAACCAAAUAAAACAAGAAAGAGAAUCAAUCUCAACACACGCUCCAUGUCCUCCACUGGAACAACCCCUCUGUGUUGAUAUCAAACUGUCCCAGUCUCCACCACAUCCAGAGCCACCAGACCUAGCCUUGAGUGCUGACAGCCAGGCCACCACUCUCUUGGCAGUGGCCUCUAUGAAGAAGCUUCUGGAGGAAUCUCUCAGCACUGUGGCUGACUGUAAAACGGAACAGCCUGACUGUAUUACAGAACAGCUGCCUUGUAAAAGUGAACCCCAGGCUUGUUCCUCCGAGGAGAAUGCCGUCCAGAUUGAGGUCAAGCCAAUUCUACCUCUGCUCACCCUGGGAGACGAGGAGAAAGCCUCCAUAUCUGGUGACCUAUCGUUGGAGGUCAAAGGGUGGCAGGUGGAUGCUGACGCCCCGCCACCAUGUCAGGUGACCAUUCGUCCUCUGAGUCCUCAUCCUAAGGACUCUCCCCUAUCCAGUCCUUGUACUAACACCCUCUCUUUCUCAUCUUCCCCUCUCAAUCGGUCCGAACCCCCCUCUCACUCACCCACACAAUCCUGCUCCCACAAGGCAGCCUCUGGAGGACCACUCCUCCCUCUCCCUCGUAGAGCCCAGAGGUUGCGUGCCAAAAAAGCAGGCCACCACCACUGCUGCUCCCCAGAACCUCCGAAGCUACAUCACCAGCCACCGCAACAACAACCACCUUGCCAACUUCAAAAUCAACACCAGCGUCAACAUCAGAAACACCCCCAACAACAGCAGCAGCAUCAGCAACAUCACCACGCCCCGGUGGUGACAGACCAGAAUGUGACUCUGCAGAAGAAGAGGGAGUACUGGAGGAUGAUGAAGAGGCAGCAGAGAGCCAGGAAGGCUAGGCAGGGAGGAGGGGGGCUGAGGCAGGGGGACUACAGCAGACGACUGGCCCUCAAAGCAGCACAGUCUCCGAAUCUCCAUAUUGUCAAGACACCGACACAGAGGCCAGUGCAGAGAGGCGGGAGCUUCAGUCUACAAGGCGCACCAUUGCUCAAACCACAGCCCUCCCCCCUUCUCCAGCCUAUAUCUCCCCCUGCCUCUGGACCUCAGGCAAGCCUCAACAUGGUCACCAACAUCCCUACACUUCUGGUUGUGAGCCCCACCACCUCCAACAUGGGACAGCCGUCUGAUACACUACAGCUCAGACCUCCGGUCAACUGUACCACUAUUUCCAAUUCAUCCAUUGGCCACACAGGGUCCUCCCAGACAUCUCAUAGCUUCAGUACCGCGUUUCUCCCUGUAGGAGGCGGUGUCACUGUUCCUCCAUUGGGUGAGGGGAAGAAAGGCGGGCUGCUACUGGUGGAGAGCCAACAGGAAGCGGCCCCGGGGUCCAGCCCUGACUCGCCACGUGUUAGAAAAUGGCGACUGCAAGAGCAGGAAAUCUCAGACGCCGACGCCUCACCCAUCGCUACUCUCUCACCUCCGCCCAACCCUCUGACGAGCAUCAAGCUCUUACCAAUUCAUCCUCCCAGUCAAACGUCCACAUUCACACCAACACAGACUCCUUUCAAAUGUCAAGGUGCUCAGAUUCCUCAAAGUGGGAAUUUACAAAAUGUAGGAUUGCCUACAAUGCAGGGGCUCACCAGAAGCCCCAUCUACAUAAGCUCCAUGGGUCCGCCCAAGCCAGUGCCGGGGGAGUCGGAAGAGGAGACUCUGAGGAAGAAGAGGGAGUACUGGAGGGUGAAGAAGAAGGAACAGAGAGCCAGGAAGGCCAUGAGGGACAGGGAGCUGACUGAGAAGAGGGCUUCGGUCAACUGGAGGCCCAUCCUCCCCAGCAGUCAGCCUCAACACCUGCUGCAGGGGCUGGAUACACAGUUCAUGUCCAUUAGGGCUGACCGUAAUUUUUCUCAACCAAAGGAACAUGAUCCUGACCGGUGGGUCAAUACCUCGGAGGACUCUGAACUACAUCUAAGUACUUCCACAGAGACAGACAUGGGCUACUUUCCUGACCCAAGCCAUACGGAACCCACAGAAGAGGAAUCAGAGCUCCUUUUCCCAGACGAUGAUCAUCACGACAACUACAACGGCCCCAUCUCAGAUGCCGUAUGGAGGAACUGCUACCUCAUGGACUACGACCCCCUGAACCAGCUGCUGGUGUGCAUGGUGUGUGGGGAUCUCCAGUACUCCCACAGCCUGGAGGGGGUGAGGGCCCACAUCGAGGAGGCCCACCCGGACACCCUGAGCCUGGUGCCCCCGGAGCGCCGGCACAUCCUGGAGGCCUGGGACGAGCAGGUGUCCAGGAGAGAACUUUUCUUCACCAGCCAGCUGCAGCAGCACAGCGGUGGGAUGGGAGAGGACAGUGCCAACCUCCCAGCAGAAGUAGAAGUAAUGGUUGAUACAGAGGACUCAUCAUACCUGAAGAACAGCAAGAGCUCCAAAACCACCAACAGACUCUGAGAGCUAAGAAGCACAAAUCACUAAAUGCCAGACAGCGUAAAGCAGCGUUGUUCAGAAGUGGAGGAGAAAAAGAAAACGUUACUGCUGGUUUCUUUUAAUGUCUGUUUAUUUUUACAGAGCAGUUCACCUCUACAAAAGAUCAUCUAAACUUGAACUGCAUACAUAGGUGACAUUGAACCACAAGAGACAAGCUUUACCUCAAUAACUUUGGGAUACACACACACUCGCUGUUUUUGAAAGCGCAGUUUUGUAGCGAUUGUCAUUCUCUACUACUAAACUAAGUCUUCUAUGCCCGAAGCAAACAGUUAAUAUUCAUGAUGUCACUGGGUUCAAUAAUGUCAUUGUGCUUUAUGAAACACACUAAAGCAGACAGGAGGGCUCUCCUAGUCAACUGUAAUGGGUUAACAUCCCUGUUUUAUGCAUCCAUGAUGAACAGGUCAGUUAUGUUCUUCAAUCUGAAUGAAUGAUAUGUCCUUGGUCUUACUCGAUGUAUCAGGAUCAAUAUGAUGCAAGUUAAGGGCAAGUCGCAGACCUGUAAAUUUGACUUGUCAUUUGAAAUUGUCUACGGGUGAUCAGUUGUUUGAUAUUCGUCUGUACAUCCAGUACCAGUCAAAAGUUUGGACACACCUACUCAUUCCAGGGUUUUUCAUUAUUUGUACUAUUUUAUACAUUGUAGAAUAAUAGUGAAGACAUCAAAACUAUGAAAUAACACAUAUGAAAUCAUGUAGUAAACAAAAAAAGGGUUAAACUAAUCAAAAUAGAUUUUAUAUUUUAUAUUCUUCAAAGUAGCCACCCUUUGCC